UUUUUUUACCAUACUUUUGCUUUGUCUCAAUCACAUGGAAGUCAGUUAUUUGACCCAGUCUUUCACGUUCACCUUCAGGUUCAAUCUCAUCCGCUUUGCAUCGGAGGUGGUUUCAUGGAAACCAAGCUUAACGUCGACAUCAGAUGACAGCUGUCAAGAUGCAGUUGAAUGGGUUUCGGAUUUUGACGCCAAUGGAAGCACGAGUACAUUAAGUGCCCUUCAGCUGGCAUUUGAGGAUUUAGAAGUGCAAGGGAUAUAUCUCCUCACUGAUGGAAAGCCGGUUAGUUCAACAGAUCAAUGAUUUACUCCAGAAUGUCCUGAAAUAAUUAAAGAGCUGCGGCAAUGUUUUGUGGCCGCCGCCCGUUGCGUUUCGUUCGAGAUGGUUUUCGCGUGCUUUCCCACUCGACUAACCCUGAAAAAAUGACUCUUAGUUCACACGAUUUUCUUUUCUCUUGUUUAAACAUACAACGUGAACGAUCAUCACCUUUAUGAACGCAACUUAGGUAGCUGCGAAAACGAAGCCUGCCUAAACUGCCCAGGUGGAGUUCAUAACUGUGUUGAUUUCUCAAGUUGUAUAGCUUUC